GAUCCAGAUCCGAAUCGCGGCAACGACUCAACAACAGAAACACAGACAGCCUUGAGCAACUGAAUCAAAGAAGAAGAAAAAGCUCAGCUAUUAGAUCUGCAAACUCUGCAUUUUCCCUCCGAUUUCAUCACCCCAAAACCCUAAGCCGAAGGUUCCGAUCCCAACCUCCACCGGAAUUCGGAGCUCCAGAUGAUGGAGUCCGAAAAUGCCGCGGCGGAGGACUCGUCCACCGUCGCCAGCCUCCUCCCUCUCGCCUCCGGCGCCCAGCAGCCUUACGUCUCCGAGCUCCUCUCCUUCACACUCGAUCGCCUCCACAAGGAACCGGAGCUUCUUCGGGUCGACGCGGAGCGGAUACAGCGGCAAAUGCAAGAGGUGGCGGUGGGGAACUACCGAGCCUUCAUCGCCGCUUCGGACGCGUUGCUGGUGAUUCGAGACGAAGUGUCCUCCAUUGAUAAGCACCUGGAGUCUCUGAUAGGGGAGAUUCCGAAGCUGACGAGUGGAUGCAGUGAGUUUGUUGAAUCAGCGGAGGAGAUUUUGGAGAAGAGGAAGAUGAACCAGAUAUUGUUUGCCAAUCAUAGUACAUUGCUCGACUUACUUGAAAUCCCACAGCUUAUGGAUACAUGUGUGAGGAAUGGAAAUUAUGAUGAAGCUCUGGACUUGGAAACGUUUGUUUGCAAGCUUUCAACUAUGCACCCCAAGUUGCCUGUUAUACAAGCUCUAGCUGCAGAAGUCAGGCAGACCACUCAAUCUCUUCUUUCUCAGCUUCUUCAAAAACUACGGUCAAACAUUCAGUUACCUGAGUGUCUCCGCAUUAUUGGAUAUCUACGUAGAAUAGGGGCAUUUAGUGAGUAUGAAAUGCGUUUGCAGUUCUUGAGAUGUCGGCAGGCAUGGCUUACUGGAAUUCUUGAGGAUUUGGACCAGAGAAAUGCUUAUGACUACCUGAAGGGGAUGAUUAACUUUCAGAGACAGCAUCUAUUUGAUGUUGUCAAUCAAUACAGAGCGAUAUUUUCUGAUGAUACAUCAGGCAAUGAAGAAAAUCAUGAUGGUGGUCUUCUGUUCAGUUGGUCUAUGCAUCAAAUUACCUCACUCCUUAAGACUUUGAAAAUUGUGCUUCCAAAAAUAACUGAAGGAGGUUCACUAUCAAAUAUUUUGGAUCAAUCCAUGUAUUGUGCCAUGGGGCUUGGUUGGGUUGGGCUAGAUUUUCGGGGGCUGCUACCUUCACUUUUUGAGGAGGCAGUUCUCAACUUGUUCGCAAAAAAUAUGAGUACAGCAGUUGAAAAUUUUCAGUUGGUCUUGGAUUCACAUCGAUGGGUCCCACUACCGGCUGUUGGUUUUCCGGCAAACAGUGUUAAUGAUGAAAAUCAGGAUGAUGUUACUCCGCCAUCUUAUCUUAUGGAACACCCACCCCUUGCUGUUUUUAUUAAUGGUGUCUCUGCAGCGAUGAAUGACCUCCGCCCCUGUGCCCCCAUAAGUUUGAAGCACAUGCUUGCUCAAGAGUUAAUCAAGGGAUUACAGACUGUUGCUGACUCCUUACUGAGAUACAAUACUACUAGAAUACUGAAAGAUAAUGAGUCUGGACUUUUCCUAUCACUUUGCCGGGCAUUCAUUGAGAUUACAUAUCCUCAUUGUUCAAAUUGCUUUGGCCGCUGCUACCCUGGUGGAGCUGCUUUAGUAAUGGAUGCGAAGAGUUUGUAUGAUGGGAUUGGCCGCCUAUUGACAGUCUCUACAUCCCGAGGGCUUCCCAAACCUGUUGAUGAUGAAAACAAAGAUAAAAAUGAAAAGAGCGGCACUGAGAAUGGUGACAUGCCUUUGGUUGAAAACGGUGUCACACCUGUCGAAGAAACUAAUGAGACCAAUGCCGAUGAAAGGGAAGAGCAUGUCAAGAAAAUAGAUGAAAGGGAACCGAAAAGUGCAACUCUACAAACACAGGAAAGGAAGGAAAUACCAAGCGAUGCAUGAAGCAUCUUUUUAUGCAAUAGAAAACUUUGUAGCAUCCCGUUUUAUUUUAUAGGUGAGAACAUUUUACUUUUCCUUUUGAAUUCUCGAUGGGGUGUAAUUUAUUCGCGUGUAAUUAUUUAUUCAACAGAUUGUAUCCAAACUUUGAGCUACAGCCUACAGA